AUGGCGCUGGCCGGGGCUGGGACCCCGGCCCUGGGGCCCCUGGCCCCUCUCCUGCUCCUGAUGCUGCUGCUGCUCUUGACUCCUGCCCUCGCCCUCCUGGGUGGAACGGUGGUGCCAUCGGAGACCCCAAGUGUCUGUGCCUCAGACCCGUGCGCCCCAGGGGCCGAGUGCCAGGCUACGGAGAAUGGCGGCUACACCUGUGAGCCCACGGAGCCCCAGGGCUGUGCCAGCCAGCCAUGCCACCACGGCGCUCUGUGCGUGCCCCAGGGUCCUGAUCCCAAUGGCUUCCGCUGCUACUGCGUGCCUGGGUUCCAGGGCCCACGCUGUGAGCUGGACAUCGACGAGUGUGCAUCCCGGCCCUGCCACCACGGGGCCACCUGCCGCAACCUGGCUGAUCGCUAUGAGUGCCACUGCCCCCUCGGCUAUGCAGGGGUGACGUGCGAGACGGAGGUGGACGAGUGUGCCUCGGCGCCCUGCCUGCACGGGGGCUCGUGCCUGGACGGCGUGGGCUCCUACCGCUGCGUGUGCGCGCCGGGCUACGGGGGCGCCGGCUGCCAGCUGGACCUGGACGACUGCCAGAGCCGGCCGUGCGCGCACGGGGGCCGGUGCCACGACCUGGUUAACGGCUUCCGGUGCGACUGCGCGGCCACGGGCUACGAGGGCGCGCGCUGCGAGCAGGAGGUGCUGGAGUGCGCGUCGGCUCCCUGCGCCAACAACGCGUCCUGCCUCGAGGGCCUCGGGACCUUCCGCUGCCUCUGCUGGCCAGGCUACAGUGGCCAGCGGUGCGAGGUGGACGAAGACGAGUGUGCGUCCGGCCCCUGCCAGCACGGGGGGCAGUGCUUGCAGCGCUCCGACCCAGCCCUCUACGGAGGCGUCCAGGCCGCCUUCCCCGGCACCUUCAGCUUCCGCCACGCUGAGGGUUUCCUGUGCCGCUGCCCUCCGGGCUUUGAGGGGGACGAAUGCGACGUGGACGUGGACGAGUGUGCCUCAUGGCCGUGCCUCAAUGGAGGCCGCUGCCAGGACCUGCCCAAUGGCUUCCAGUGCCACUGUCCGGAUGGCUACACAGGUCUGACGUGUCAGGAAGAUGUGGACGAAUGCCUGUCAGAGCCCUGCCUCCACGGCGGGACCUGUGACAACACCGUGGCGGGCUACACCUGCUGGUGCCCGGAGCCCUGGGGCGGGCACAACUGCUCUGUGCGGCUCACCGGCUGCCAGGGCCACACUUGCCCACCCGCUGCCUCCUGCAUCCCCAUCUUCAAGUCUGGGCUCCACAGCUACGCCUGCCGCUGCCCACCUGGUACCCACGGGCCAUUUUGUGGCCAGAACACCACCUUCUCUGUGGUGGCCGGGAGCCCAGUGCAGGCGUCGGUGCCCGCUGGAGGUCCCCUGGGUCUGGCACUGAGGUUUCGCACCACACUGCCUGCCGGUGCCUUGGCCAUGCGCACUGACGCUCGGGACAGCUUGGAGCUGGCACUGGCAGGGGGCACGCUGCAGGCCACACUCUGGAGCCAUGGCAAUGCCACCGUGCUGUCCCUGGGGCCGCCGCAUCUGGCCCUAAAUGAUGGCCACUGGCACCCAGUGGAGGUUUCGCUCCGCCCGGGGGUCCUGGAGCUGCGGCUCUGGCACGAGGACUGCCCUGCCCGGCUGUGUGUGGCCUCCAGUCCUGUGGCCCCGGCUCCCGUGGUGGCUUCCGCAGCUCCGAUGCCUGCCGGGUUCUGCUCCACCCGACUGGGUGGCGCCGCCUUUGAAGGCUGCCUCCAGGAUGUACAUGUGGACGGGCACCUCCUGCUGCCCGAGGAUCUCGGCAAGAAUGUUCUCCUGGGCUGCGAGCGCCGUGAACAGUGUCAGCCUCCGCCUUGUGCCCACGGAGGGGCCUGCGUGGACAUGUGGACUCACUUCCACUGCAACUGCCCCCGGCCCUAUAGCGGUCCUACGUGUGCUGACGAGGUUCCUGCUGCCACCUUUGGCUUGGGGGGCACCCUGAGCUCUGCCUCCUUCUUUCUCCACCAGCUGCCAGGCCCCAACCUCACCGUGUCCUUCCUCCUCCGGACUCGGGAGCCUGCUGGCCUGCUGCUCCAACUUGCCAAUGACUCAGUAGCUGGGCUAACAGUAUUCCUGAGCGAGGGCCAGAUCCAGGCCGAGGUGCCGGGCGGUCCCACUCUGGAGCUCCCCGGGCGCUGGGAUGAUGGGCUCCGCCACCUGGUGACGCUCAGCUUCGGGCCUGACCAGCUGCAGGGCUUGGGGCAGGAGGUGCACGUGGGUGGGAGGCUCCUCCCUGCGGACGCCCGGCCCUGGGGUGGGCCCUUCCGAGGCUGCCUCCAGGACCUGCGACUCAAUGACCUCCGCCUCCUGUUCUUUCCGCCGCUGCUGGGGAACUCGAGCCAACCCGGUGAGCUGGGCAGCGGUCGGUCCCGGAACCUCACCAUGGGCUGCGUCUCCGAGGACACAUGCAGUCCUGACCCCUGUCUCAAUGGGGGAAUGUGCCUUGUCACCUGGAAUGACUUCCACUGCACCUGCCCUGUCAACUUCACGGGGCCAACGUGUGCCCAGCGGCUGUGGUGUCCUGGUCAGCCCUGCCUCCCGCCUGCCACCUGUGAGGAGGUCCCUGAUGGCUUUGUCUGUGUGGCCGAAGCCACGUUCCGCGAGGGCCCCACGGCUGCUUUCAGCGGGCACAACGCGUCGGCCGGGCGCUCGCUCAGCGGCCUCUCGCUGGCCUUCCGCACGCGCGACCCCGAGGCCGGGCUGCUGCGCGCCGCCGCGGGCGCGCACACCGUGUGGCUGGCCGUGCGCAACGGCUCGCUGGAAGCCGGCGUGCGCAGCGGCCGCGACCUGCCCGGAGCGGCGCUGCCGGCGUCGGGGCCGCGCGUGGCGGAUGGCGCCUGGCACCGCGUGCGCCUGGCCAUGGAGCGCCCGGAGGCCGCCGCGUCGCGCUGGCUGCUGUGGCUGGACGGUGCGGCGACGCCCGUGGCGCUGCGCGGCCUGGCCGGCGACCUGGGCUUCCUGCGCGGUCCGGGCGCCGCGCUCGUCCAGCUGGCCGAGAACUUCACCGGCUGCCUGGGGCGCGUGGCCGUGGGCGGCCUCCCGCUGCCCCUGGCGUCCCCGCGGCCCGGCGCGGCCCCCGGCUCCCGGGAGCACUUCUCGGCCUGGCCCGGGGCGCCAGCCCCACGUCUCGGCUGCCACGGAGCACGCGUGUGUCACCCCUCACCCUGCCUGCACGGCGGCGGCUGCCGAGACCUCUUCGACGCCUUCGCCUGCGCCUGCGGCCCGGGCUGGGAGGGCCCGCGCUGCGAGGCCCGCGCCGACCCGUGUCUCUCGGCGCCCUGUGCUCGCGGCCGCUGCCACUCACGCCCUGACGGCCGCUUCGAGUGCCGCUGCCCGCCUGGCUUUGUGGGCCCGCGCUGCAGAUUGCCUGUCCUGCCAGAGGCGUGCAGCUCGAACUCCACCUGCCUCGAUGGUGGCCCCUGUGAAGGUGGGCCCCGGGCAGCCAACUGCAGCUGCCAGGAGGGCUUUGGUGGCCAGAGGUGUCAGAUCCCCUGUGAAGCCAACCCCUGCUUGAACGGGGGCACCUGCCGGGCAGCCGGGGGGGUGUAUGAAUGUAUCUGCAGCGCGAGGUUCUCUGGCCAGUUCUGUGAAGUGGUGAAGGGCCUGCCGUUGCCGCUGCCGUUCCCGCUGCUGGAGGUGGCGGUGCCCGCGGCCUGCGCCUGCCUCCUGCUCCUCCUUCUGGGCCUCCUCUCAGGGAUCCUGGCAGCCAGGAAGCGCCGCCAGUCAGAGGGCACCUACAGCCCGAGCCAGCAGGAGGUGGCCGGGGCCCGGCUGGAGAUGGACAGUGUCCUCAAGGUGCCGCCCGAGGAGAGACUCAUCUAGGCCUGCGUGGCUGCUGGCUCCAGCGCCUGCGAGGUCCCGGAUGGUUUCUACCUGAGGACCCACGGAGGCCCUUCCGGGAGCCUGCGGGGAAGUGGCUGGCCUCUCGCUGGCCUUCCGGAGCUGCCGCAGAGCCCAGGAAAUCUGCCGGGGAAGCGUCACCUCUGCCGCCAGCCCUUGCAUCUGCCCCUAGAGAGGGGAGCACCGAGGGGAGCACCAAGGGGAGCAGACAGGAACCUGGCAAGGCCGUCGAGGCUCCAUCCGAUCUGCCGGCUCUUGCCUCGGCAAGCGGACCGCUGUGCGGGGGAGGGGCACACGUGGGUGCACGCGGUGCGUUCGGAGGUGUGUGGGGGCACGUACCUGGGGACUGCUGAUCUGCAGACGCCUGCGUGCGUGUUCUGGAUGGGGCUGUGGGCAGGUCCAUGUCCUUGCUGUGUGCGCACAGGACCGUGUAGUGGGUGCAGGCGAUCCCACGGAGGGGCGGCUGGGCCGUGAGGAUAACCUUUGCUGCCCUGGGGCAGGGGCAAUACACGUUCUCCAGGAAGCCAGGCCAAGGCUUUGCUCGAGGACCGAGGCCUCUGGCUCUGGCAUCUUCUCCCUCCCUGCCCCCACCCUGGAGGCAACUGGGAAAUUGGGAGCGGGGGCAGCCAUCAGCUAGUGGCCCCUGGCUCCCAGGACAAAUGCUCCUUCAGGCAGCUGUCUCUGGCCUGUAACAGGGUCGGACCACGACCAGGGCAGCUCUGCGGGAGCAGAGGACGCGCCGCCCCGCACUCUCCCACCUUGCCGUGGCUGGUGGCCUGGGGAAAGCCGCCUCUGCCUACCUCACGGGGCUGUUGUGAGGAUCAGUGGAUGACGAUGGGGAAAGAGCUCAGGGCGUUGUCUGGUACUGGCUUGUCUGGGUCACCCCUUUAGGUUUCAGGAAGGGUUGUCCCUCUGGCUGGGGCCGAGGGGAGGUUGGUUGGGGGAGGGGGGGCUUUCCUGGGGGCCUGCAAGAAGGCCAGAGGAUAAAGAAGCAAAACCUCUGUCCCCCGCCCCCAGCUGAUCACCUCUGGUUCUCCAGGGCCGGCACUCCCCUGUCACAGCUGCCUGGUGAGGCCACUCCUUCACCUACAGACAGGUCAUCUCUCUAAAUGGCUGGGGGGCGGGGGGAGGUGGAUUCAGGACUCGCAGGAAGCCCUCAGAGCUGUUUGCUGAACUCAGCAGAUGUUGGCAUGGCCCCUUUGUGUCAGGGCUGGUCCUGCAGACACAGACACAGACGAAGAAUGUGCUGCUUUACUUCCAGUCCCUUCCCUGGUAAAGCCAUCACACUGAACCCAGAGGGGCAACCCCCCCCCCUCCCCGCCGGGCCUCCUCCCAGCUUCAUGGGGUCCCUCUGUCCCUGACCUGGAGACAUGCCCUUCUGUCCCUGUUUCCUAGGCCAGCGCCUCCAGUGCCAAGGCCAGGGAACCCCUUUCUACUUUUAAAUUGGCGGUUGGCUUUACCCGGCUCCCCUUGGGGGUCUCAGCCAGCUUCUAGAGGCACAGGACCAAAUCUGACGGAGAACCGCGUGGUGACGAGGGGUAAGGGGGCAUGUGGGUGGCUGAGACCGAGGGGUUCAGCUGAGGCUGGGCUGGGAAGGGCCCUGAACGCUCGGGUAAGGGUCUUGCUUAGUCCUUAUCCGAUAGGAGGUGGGAACUUUUCCCCCACCUUUCUCCACCAUGACUCCUGGGAAGGUGGGGGAGGAAACAUCUGGUAGCAGCACCUUAGCCACAGCUGGUGCCUUGGUUAUUUACUUUAUUAAAUCAGGUAUUUGGCAAACCUGUGUUCUUGCAGACACCUGGAACCCCAAUAAAUAAAAAUGCCACUUUCUUGGGA